AUUUGGAAUCUGUCGCUCGAUUGCUGCGGUCGAUCGCUGCGUUCGUUGACGGAACUCGAAACUCAAAACUCGACUUGACUUGAUUCUGAUUGCUGUGAUGUGGCCACAGCGUGUGCAACGUGCCCUGGGGCAAGUGGCGCCUUCGCUGGUACGUCGACUGAGCGCACGCAUCGUGGAUGAACUGUACAUCGAGGUGAAGCCACGUGAAGCUGCCAAGCCGGCUCUCACCUUUCCUGGCAUUUGGUUGCGUGACAAUUGCCGCUGUGCCUCGUGUUUCCACGAGAGCUCGCAGUCGCGUCGCCUCGACUGGGACAACUUCGAUGCCUCGGUGCGUCCGCUGGCGUUGCAUGUGGAUGCCAACUCGCAGCAGUUGCACGUUCGCUGGAGCGAUGCACACGAGAGCAGCUACAAACUGGACUGGCUGCAGCGGCGCAGCUUCGCUGGCGACAAGCAACAGGAAUACCUCAAUGAGUUCUACCGGCCACGUCCCUCACACUGGGCUGGCAAACAAUUCGAUUCAAUUGCCCAGCGCUUUCACUACGAUCAAGUGAUGUCCGAGGAUGCGGCACUGCAGCAGUGGCUCCAAGCUCUGGCCAUCUAUGGUGUGGCGCUGCUCAGCGGAGCGCCACUCGACGAGGGCGUCGUGCGUCGCCUCGCUGAACGCGUUGGCUUCAUUCGACGCACAACCUACGGCGAGGAGUUCAUCGUCCAAGCCAAGCCGGGGGCACAGAACUAUGCGUAUUUGUCGCUGCCACUGCCACUGCACACAGAUCUGCCGUACUACGAGUACAAGCCCAGCGUGAACAUCUUGCACUGUGUGGUGCAGACGAAGUCGCAGGGCGGCAGCAAUCUGCUGGUGGAUGCCUUUCACAUUGCCGAUCGUCUGAAGCGAGAGCAUCCCGCGGACUUUGAGCUGCUCAGCAGCAUCGAUGUUGACUGGAAUGAUAUUGGCAGCGAGGAUGGACGCGAGUUUCACAACAUUUGGCGAGCGCCCGUCAUCUGCUUGGAUGCCUCUGGCGAGUACACGCGGAUCAAUCAUAGCGUUCCACAGCGCGACAGCCACUUCAAUGCACCGUUGGAGAAGGUGUUGCCCUGGUACAAGGCGUACGCUCGCUUUGUGAGCAUGGCCCAGAAGGAUGCGCAUUCGUUCAAGACGCAGCCGGGCGAUGUGCUCACCUUCAACAAUCUGCGGCUGCUGCAUGGACGCACUGGCUACGAUGACAGCGAGGACAAUUCGCGUUACAUUGUUGGCGCCUAUCUCGAUUGGGACAUUAUCUAUUCGCGUCUGCGUGUGCUCAAGAAGCGUCUGAAUGUUGCCAACUGAGUCCCACACCCUUCUCCCCUCCCCCUCCCCUCCCUUCCUCCCUCUCGCCAUCGCUGCUGCCGCUAAAGCAGCUCAUCCUCUGCUUAAAUGCGCUAAUAAAAGUCAGCGACAUAUUUUCCAAGCCAUUUGUGGUGAGCUCAUUUGAAUAGUUGCCCAAACUCAGCAUGCUGCUUGCAACUUGCCACUUGCCACUUGGCACAUAUGCCAGCCACGCCCCUUGCCGCCCACUGCCCUGGCUCAUAGCCUACCUAAUUCCCCAUGCUGCGUUCUGACUUAGCCCAAUAACCAAAACACCAAAAAAAACACAGAGCUUGCCAACGGGUGACACUUUCACAUACCCGGCAUUACAUUUUUUUUCACAUGCUGUAAAUAUAAUACUGAAUAUCAUAUGCAUGAUAAUAUUUGAGAGUGGUUAAAUAGCUAUACAAGUAAUAAAUAGUCUUGUAAUUAA